GGCGACGGCGUGGGCGGUGCGGCAGCUGCACUACUCCCAGUUCCAGGACUGGGAAAACUUCCUGUACGUCGAGCCGCGCAUCCUGUCCGAGGCCGCCAAGUGGCUGACCCUGUACCAGAACGAGGACGGCUCCUUCUACGAGACCGAGGCGUACGAGUUCCCGCUCGACCAGAAGAUGGACCCGCGCUCCAAGAUCCCCGGCGAGACGAACCGCAAACGCUACGUGCCGCUCACCGCCCACGUGCUCAUCACGCUGCACGAGGUGCAGGAGAAGCUGCAGGGUGAGGCGAAGGCAGCAGUCGCCACCGCCAAGAUCCGCGCCAUGCAGUACCUGGAGCGCAGCCUGAACGUGCUGACCGACGCGUACGAGAUCACCAUCACGGCCUACGCGCUGACCGUCAGCAACAGCGUCGACCGCGAGGUGGCGUUCAUGAAGCUGCGCGAGGCGCGCCGCGAGAUCGAGGGCAUGUACUACUGGGCGCGCGACCCGCUCGAGACGAACCCGGUCAGCAAGGACGUCAACCAGCGGCCCUACGUGGAGCCCAAGAACGAACAGCCGUGGGACGCGCAGUCGGUGGAGGCGACGUCGUACGGCCUGCUGGUGUACCUGCUGCGAGACGGCGUCGGCAUCGACCAGGAGAAGAUGGUGAAAUGGCUCAACUCCAUGCGCAUGUUCGACGCCGCCUGGAUCUCCACCGUGGACAGCAUCAUGGCCAUGCAGGCGCUCACGGAGUACUCCUUCCGCGCGCGGCUGCGUGACAUUACCGACAUGCAAGUCUACAUCGAGACCUCCGGCCUGAGGAAUUUCCAGGAGGUGGUCCGCAUCACCAACAACGCCACCUCCGUCAUACCGGCUGUCGAACUUCCGCAAGUUUGGGGCCACAUCAACGUGGUGGGCCAGGGCGCUGGCCAAGCCGUGGUCCAGCUGGACCUCUCGUUCGGCAUCGACCGUGAGGACCUCAAGGACACGCCGCCCGUCAAGGCGUUCGACCUGACGGUGCGCGAGAACGCCCUGCAGGAGGCGCGGAACAAGUCUAUCAUCCACGUGGAGGCAUGCUUCCGAUGGGUGAACACGGACGAGUCGCCCGUCAGCGGCGCCACCAUCUUGGAGGUGGAGUUCCCCAGCGGGUACCGACUGGAUCAGCAGGUGGCCAAUGCCAACGUGCGCGCGUUCAAGCGCAGACCAAUGAACACUCUGAUGAACGGGAAAACGGCGCCAGAUAAGAUCUUCUGGUUCUUCGAUAAGGUUUACAGCAACUUCACUCAGUGCUACAACUGGACGAUUUUCCGCCGCUUCCUGGUGGCCAACUACACGGCCGUCAGGACCGCCUUCAUGUACGAGUACUUCGCGCCCGAGCGAUUCGAGAUGCAGAUCCUCAACUCGACCGAGCUGAACGUGAUCGACAUCUGCCAAGUGUGCGGCUCGUACCAGUGUCCCUACUGCCCGUGGUACAGUGGCGCCGCCUCGCUGGGACCCAGCCUGUUGCUAGUUGCGGCCGUGGCCUGCCAGAUGGCAGUACUGGCGCUGGGCGGGACGUCCCCGUCAGCGCGGUAGGGCUGGCCGCUGCGUCGUGUGAGCGAGAUUGUAUGGUGAGAAGGCGGGCUUCCCCCUGCUCGGCGCAGCCCCAGUCACUGGUUGCAUGCAGGACAAUGUGGUGUUAGCCGUGGUUUGCCUGUCAGGAGUCAUCACGCCUGAGCGUAUAAAAGCGCCACGUGUUCUGCGUUGGACAAUGGUAGACCGAGCGGCUGCGGUUGAUGCUGUGAAAACGCAUUCCAUGUGUUAUGGUUUACUCGUGUUUCGACAACAUACGGAUCUGAAACAGUGCUGGAGCGGGAGUGACUCCGUUCUGCACGAUGUCCACCGCUGGCCACAGAUCGGGGGCGUGUCCCGAGCGCGGUGGGCCGGUGGCAUUCAACUCCCUCGGCAGGUGCUCGACUCACACGUGAUGGUGCCGAAUCGGAGUGUCCCCAAAUCCAGCCGAUUCAGCACUGAAUGAUUUGAAUGCGAACAUGUCUUUUGCGUCGGCCAUUUUGAACGCCUUUUUAUGUAAUUUUUGUCAGUGUUUUAACAAUAUGAAUUUGUAAAUGUUUUAUAUGUCACAACGGUGCAGAGUGACAGGCGUAGGAUGUUAAUGGUUGAUCUGCAACUCUUCAAUCGAAGCGGGCUGAGGCAGAGGCUGGUCCUAAGAUGGUGAGCUUCAAGUCUCAGUGUACACAACACCAGAAUGAAAGCGACGCAUGACAUAACAGCAUAGCCGAACUGGUUCCGGCCUGGAUAACUAUUGUUAUUCUAUGGCUCUCAUAUUGUGAAUCAGGUCGGACACGACCAAGACGUCAGUGGAUAAUCUCCAACUGGACAAACAAACCCCCAACCCAUGAACGAGCCCUACAUCUGGUCUUGGCUCAUCCUAUCGUUGUUCACGCGCAGUGUUUCGUGUCACCGUCAACAACACGCAUAUCACGCAUCGAGCUGCUCGAACACCGCUCUGGUGAAAAACACGGUGGGUAAAUAAAUCACAGCUGAUAGUUGAGUGACACUACGUGAAUGGCAUGCAAUGCAAGUGCUGGUGGCCGUUUAUUUGCAAAUAUUGUUGGUAUGUUCAUCACAUCAAAUGAGCGAAACUUGCACUGAGAUAAUAAAAAAACCUCUG